CAAACCCCGUAGAGAGCAACCCUCCUCCGUCGCUGUCAGCGUCUAAUCCCGUCUCUCAUGGCCUCCUUCGCUGUGAAAAAAGCUCUCAACGUCGCGCCCACUGUGCGCACUCGUGCUUCUGGCGUUCCUUUGGCGCCUUUGGUCAACCUUGCUGCCAAGGCUCCCGCUGACGGACAUGGCCAUGGUGAAGCCGCCCGGUCUGAUGCUCCUCUGAAAUGGGCUGGCGGUAUUUCGAGGUCAUCGUCUGGUCUUAUCUCCAAGACUUUUUUCAAUGCUCCGCCCACGACUACUUUCCAACCGCGUCUUCUUCAUACCUCUGCCGUCGUCAAAGAUGCACCUGAAGUCCCUGAUUUCUCCAACUAUCGUGCACCCAAUACCGACACGAACCGCGCCUUUUCUUAUUUCAUGGUCGGUUCCCUAGGUGUUCUCUCCGCGUCUGUUGCCAAGUCCAGUGUCUCCGAGUUCCUCGUCACGAUGUCCGCCUCCGCCGAUGUUCUGGCGCUCGCCAAAGUUGAGGUCGAGCUUGGCAAUAUACCCGAGGGCAAGAACGUCAUCAUCAAAUGGCGUGGCAAGCCUGUAUUUAUCAGGCACCGGACACAAGCAGAAAUUGAGGAGGCCAGGAGGGAAGACUGGAAGAGCUUUAGGGACCCCGAGAGUGAUGAGAGCCGUGCAAAAAAGCCCGAAUGGCUGGUUAUGUUGGGCGUUUGCACCCAUCUAGGUUGUGUGCCCAUCGGUGAAGCGGGUGAUUACGGAGGAUGGUUCUGUCCUUGCCAUGGUUCCCAUUAUGACAUUUCUGGCCGUGCUCGUAAAGGACCUGCCCCCCUUAACCUGGAAAUUCCCGCAUACGAAUUCAAUGAGGCAGAAGGCAAACUCGUUAUCGGAUAGAUGCACACAAUAGAUCACAGGGUUGUAUUUAUCGCCUCUGAAUCCAAACGCUUAGCGUGAAGCUUUUAAAGGGA